AACAGCAUUGACGGAGCAAAAGUAACUGACACAAGCUGUACAAAGGGCCAUUACAAGAGAAUGCAUAUAAUGGGCUUUAUAUUUGGGAUUAUACUGACGUGCUUACUGGCAAAUGGAGUCCGAAGUCAAAACCUAAUCUUGAAUGGCGAAAGAAGUUUUACAACGAGCUGCGGGAACAGCUCAUUAUUGAUCAACGCCUGGCGCUAUGGAGGGGUGUGUCAAGAACUCCUUGAGGUCUGGUAUGAAGACUCAGUCAGACCGUCCUUCAGCUUUACGAACCAAAGACGACCUUUGGAGUACCAGGAUCUUGCCACACGUUAUUUUUGGGGCAAAAUUUGCAAGUGGGGGCACACCGUAGGAGAAUGUUACGACAGCCUCCUUCCCCAGUGUGAGGCCGGUAUUGGGACUGAGCUUCUCAACAACCCCAGUUUCAUCCCUCUAAAGAGAUCACGCUGUUUUACUGAGGGGAGACCGCGUUGGUCAUCGUUACAGGCUUUCUACCGCAGAACGUGCCAAGGCACAACAGUUAAACCCGACAUUCAACAAAGUCUGGACGACGUCAGCUUUGAUAAUACCACAAUGUGUCUCAACAGUACACAUCAAAUAGAGUUGUUCCGAUGCAUGGAUAUACUGAAUGACGAAAUUCAAUUCCACUCCGAACGACAGUACCAGGCGUCCGAUGUUUUCCGGAAGUCCAUCAACAGGUUUGCUACUGCUGCCGUCAACUGCAUGUUCAGCUCUAUAAACCGCUCCCCAUGUAACCAAGCAACGAAGAACGUGAUGUAUCUCGUUGCUAAGCUACAACUGCCCAGUUUUAUCGACGAAACAGAAUUGGAAUUGGAUGAAACAACCACAGCCGACUUUUCUUCUAUUAUCCGCUGUACAGUCGGGGUCUACGGAGAUCCCCAUUUAAAACUGUGCGAGUUCGAUGGUUUAGUCACGUGUUCUGCACAGGGACAGCAAACCUACAUCAAGAACGAUUGGUUCACCGUGACAGGAAAUAACGUCAGAGUUGGAGUCCGGUCCAACAACCCACCUAUUACAUCUAUGAGAUCGGUCGAAAUCACUUUCCACUCUCUGGACUCUGGUGAGACUGUGGCCACGUACUCUGGAUCCAAUGCCAACUUACCGACGGUGUUUGACAACACAAACAUGACAUCUCUGGGUGAAGGGAAUGACAAAGUGACGUUGAGCCUGAACAAUUACCGUCAGGUAAUGUUUGUCCAAGAAUCCACCGGUAUGGUCCUCAACCUACGACAGUGGUCUGGUAAUUAUUUCUUCACGUUGAGGGUGGCCCAGAAUGUCAUCAAAAAGUCCCACGGUUUACUGGUUACUGGUUGUCCAGAGUCGGAGACAAUAAGCAGAUCUUCUCUGUUCCGGCGCCCGAUGCUAACGAGGCGGAAGCGAGCCACAGAGGAUGAGUGCGAGAAUGCGUGUAACGCUACAGUGACUGACCCCUACUUCCGGCAGACCUGCAAGUUUGACUGCUAUGCCAUGGACGACAUUGACGCUGGCACAAACAUGACUGCGUCCGCUGAAGAGGACAUCAGGAUAGUACUUGAGAUGGAUGAGGAGAUCAUCGCUAAGGCCAUCACUCCCAAACCCACAACGCCAGCGAAAACAACACCAGCGCCAAAAACCACGACAGCCAAGGACUCGGCACCACAUAGCCACGUGUCUUACAGUGUUCUUUUGACGGCCAUUUUGGGAUUCGUUGCCCUUAAAGUUUUUGGAGUAACAAAGUAAUCCCCUAUUCCUCAUAUUGCCACACAGAGGUACCUCGUUGAUUUUGGCAGCGUUAAGUUGUUAAAGUGAAUAUAAAUUCAACCCUUAAGUCUGAAAUGAUUCACAAAAGACUUUUCGAAAAAUGUUUAAAGAAUUCUACAUUGCUGGUCAACAGAAUAAAUAGCAUACUGGAUCGUAACUACCUACCACUCAUUUCGUUAAGCCAUUCUGCCAUGUUAGCUAUCUGGUGUGACGUCACAUAGGAGCUCUCCUGUACCAUCGAUAUUUAAUGAGGUUUUGCGGUUCUGAAAAUACCUAUACGUGAUGAGGCAAGAAAAUUUGACGGAAGGACAUUCAAAUAAAAACACGGUUUGGCAGUAUGUCCUAGCGCAAUUAAUAGUCCUUUUCGUCCUACUGGAGUCAGCAUUAUCAUAUCACCAGUGGUGAAUUUCAUCUCCUCGGUUUUCAAACGUUAUUGAAUUUGGAAAAAAAAGAAUUUGCGUCGAUACCUGCGGGCUACUUCUUUUUUUCCCUAUGUAUAUACAGUGGCAGACUUUAUGUUUACUUUAACGAUCUCAAUUAAAGAUAUUUGCAUUUGUUAAUGAUACCAUCCAUUAUGAGACCUGUGCUUAUAUCUGCAAAACUUUUCUGUGUGAACUGUCGUCAGUAUAAUCCUGUUCCCGCUAGGCUGGCUGAGACUGGCUGUGAUUGGAACGAAAGGGGAGAUCACUCUCGUGGAACAAAGUUUCCACUGGAGACAACUUCUGCUAUCUCCUCCUAUGGCGUGCAUGCUUGUCAAAUUAGUGCAAAUUGUGUGCUGAGGACAAAUGGCAAUGCAGUCAUAAUGUUCAACGCUAUGAAGUUAAAUAAAUGAACUGAACUAUAACUGUCCACCUUCUCUAGGUGUCUCUUGUGUACAUAAAAGUAACAGAUCCUUUCAGAUUCACUGAUUUAUCCAACCGAAAUGACGCCUUAUGGCUGAUAGCGAACGGUUGUUAUAUUAGUUUUCAUUUAUUUUGUAUAUUCUGUCAUUUCUUAAUUGCUCAACGAAACAGUUCAGAUAUUUAUGUCGGUGCAAUUCUUUAUAAAUCUUAUAACGUUUUUAAAAUCUUUAAUAUGUUUCAAGCUUUAGAAUGAAACACAUGGUAUAUCUGAAUUUAACAUUUUAGCCCGUUUACUUUCGUAAUUUUGUAUAUUUUAAAAGUUUAAUAUCGUCAUUUCGCUCACAUGAAUAUGUAAGUGCAAUUUCCUUGAUAUUCUUUGAUCUAAAUGUUGGUUAAAGUUUCAUGCAAUAAAACUACUGAUAU